ACCCCGCCCUUAAUCACACAUGGCUACUUCCACUGAAGGGAAAAGCAAAAGUCGAAGGUUUUUGCUGCUUUAUGGCUCUCAGACAGGACAGGCAGAGGCAAUAGCUGGACUGAUACAUGAAGAAGCAAAGACCAGAGGAUAUACACCUGAACUCUAUUGCAUAAGCAGUUCAGAGAAAAAAUUUGAUCUUAGCAAAGAGCCUGUUGCUGUUAUAGUAGUAUCAACUACAGGAGAAGGAGAACCGCCAGAUACUGUGAACAGGUUCUGGAGGAAACUUAAAAGAUCUACACAGCCUCAAGGCUUACUAAAGGACCUCCAAUAUGCUCUAUUAGGUCUUGGUGAUACGAAUUAUACCAAUUUCUGUAAUAUGGGGAAAAUGUUGAAUAAGAGGUUGCUAGAGCUAGGAGCAAGGUGGUUUCAUGAGACUGGCUAUGCUGAUGAUGGAGUGGGGCUAGAGUUGGUUGUUGAGCCAUGGAUAGAAGGUCUUUGGCCUGCGUUGGAUGCUGUUUUUAGCCCAUCAACUGAUCAAGACACACCAAAGGACGCCGGUAAUGAUAAACCUGGUCCUACUGAUCACCAGUCUAGUGAUGUAGCUCAGAAAACCUCGACUGAUCAAGACACGCCAAAGGAUACCGGUAAUGAUAAACCAGGUCCUACUGAUCACCAGUCUAGUGAUGUAGCUCAGAAAACAGUUGAGUCUUCAUCUCAAGUUGACAGUCUUGGAGUUGACGUGGAUGAGAAGUUGAGUAUCAAAACAGAAACUGGGUCUGAUGAUUUUGAGACCUCGUUGAGAGGUUCUAGGGAUGAUUCUUGGAUCAAUCAAGUCAUUAAUCUACCUACUUUGCAGCCUAAGUACCUUGAAGUCCAGAUAAAAGAACCAGUCUGUGAUUCCCUUGGUUCCGAUGAUUUCUUGUUCACAGACUCAGUUCAAGGCUUCACUAUGGCCUCGUCUGUGGUGGUUAACAUGGCUGCCAUUACUAACAGGAGAGUAUUGACUAGCUCUGACGCACAGAAGACUGUCCUAGAGUUAGAGCUGGACUGGUCAAAGUUCCCCGAGACUCGUUUGAGAUAUGAGCCAGGAGACGCUCUGUGUCUCAUGUGCCCUAACGAUCAUUUGGAAGUUGAUUAUAUCAUCAAAAGGUUAGGUUUAGAGUCUGCCUCUAACCAUUGCAUCUCAAUAUCUGUGGUACCAAACACUGGAAAGAAAAAUCCCAUCAUUCCUAAGCACAUUCCAAGCACAUGCACUGUGUACCAGUACUUUAAACACUGCGCUGAUUUGAGGGCUGUGCCAAAAAAGGCACUUUUACUUGUACUUGCUGAGUUUUGUUCUAAUGAAGUUGAGAGAAGGAGAUUGCAAUGGUUUGCUAGUCGUCAAGGCUCUCAGGAUUAUAUGAAACUUAUAGCAGAGGCUCAUCUUGAUCUUCUUGAUGUCCUUCAUUUCUUUCCAUCAUGUAAUCCUUCACUAUCAAGACUGAUUGAGCUACUUCCUAGACUACAGCCAAGACAUUAUUCUGUUGUGAGCUCUCCAUUGGAUUAUGAAUUUAAGACAAGAAUUGCCUUUAACAUUGUAGAGCUACCUCAACGCUCCUGGCAGAGACUAAAGAGGGAAGGUCUGUGUACAGGCUGGUUGAAUGAGUCCUCUCUUAGUGAGGUUCCAUCAACUGUCCCACUGUACCCACGUCUUAAGAACCCAUUUCACUUACCGCCUGAUCCUCUAGUACCAAUAGUAUUAAUAGGACCAGGAACUGGUGUGAGUCCUCUUGUUGGAUUCCUUAAUCACAGAAGUACUAUGGUAGCAAAUGGCUUCAAAGUAGGGAAAUCAUGGUUAUUUUUUGGCUGCAGACAUCCUGAUAAAGAUUACUUGUACAGGUCUGAGAUCGAGGGUUUCCUGUCAGCUGGGGUAUUAACGUUAUGCAACGUCUCCUUCUCACAAUACGAUUCAAUCUCAGAUGGUAGCAGUGAUCAUGCGAAAUAUGUUCAAGAUAAUAUGAGGAAGCACUGGGAGGCCUUGGGGGAGUGGGUUAUGGAGGAGAAUGCAUCAGUGUUUGUAUGUGGUGAUGCUCAGAAAAUGAUUGUCAGUAUCAGGGAAGCCAUGACUGAUGUCUUACAGAAGUACUGGACACAUAAAGGAGGUGUGACUGGUAAUGGAGAUGGCCAGAAAUUGCUUAAGGAUUUGCAAGAUAAAGGAAGAUAUGUAACUGAUUUAUGGAUUUGAUAUUAUUAAUUAAUGCCAUUAUUUGUGAAUUAUGAUUAUUUAUUUAUUUAUUUAUUAUCUUCUAUAUUUUUAGAGCUAUAUUUAUUUGCUAAGAUAUUAUUGCUUAUUUUAAAGAAAUAGGAUUAUUAUGAUAAAGAUUUCUAUAAAGGUACAUAUGCAUGUACAUGUACAUAUGUAUUAAAUAAUACUAAAGAUUGAACUAAA